GGAACACCCUUUGGAGAAAGUGUUGGUUUGUUCAUUAUGAGGAACGCUGAUUACACAAUUCAUUAUGCUAUCUGUUGAAGCUUGUACAGAACGAACGUCAGUGAAAGUAAAUUAAGAUAUUUUAAUCCGAGACUUCGGCGUAUAAAAAGAUGAAGUCCAAAGUUCUGCCGGUGGUAUUCGCGAUUUGCUUUUCGCUUGUACAAGGAACAAGUGCGUUAAUAGGAGGCGCAACAAAAAUUAGCACUUUACAGCACAAAUUGAUUCAAGACUUGUUAGACAAUUAUGACAAAGAUUCCCAUCCUGGCGGCAACUCGACGGUGAUGGUCACUUUAGGCGCAAAGCUGGCGCGUCUUGUCAAAGUGGAAGAAGUCAACAAUGUUAUCAAAGCGCAAUGGUGGAUGAAGCAGGUAUGGUACAAUCCCGAUCUAAAGUGGAACAAGUCACAUUAUGGAAACAUCGACACCGUCUUUGUCGAGCCGCGAAGAAUCUGGGUACCAGAUGUACUUCUCUACAACAAUGGUGAUGAAAAAGUAGAUGCCGCCGGAGGAGUAGAAAAAUUUAAAACAAAGAUCAAAAUCGAGAGCAAUGGAAUGCAGUCAUGGUUAGCGCCAACAAUCUUUACGAGUAUGUGUAAAAUGGACAUAAGAUACUUUCCAUUUGAUGAACAGUUUUGUGAACUACAAUUCGGUUCGUGGUCUUACGAUAGCAGAAAGAUCGACCUUCAAGUCGAUCAAAACGAAACCAAAAUACAUAAAGAAGUCUAUCAAGAAAACAAUGAGUGGAAAGUCACUUCGGUCACCGCGAAAAAGCGCUCGAAACGUUAUCCCUGCUGCAAGUAUCCCUACACAGAUAUCCUUGUAAUACUACACAUGCAUCGACGGUCAUACCACUAUGUUGUUAACCUUGUUUUCCCCUGUGCUGUAAUUGCCGCUAUGGUUUUCUGUACAUUUCUUCUACCUGCGGAAUCUGGGGAGAGAAUCUCGCUAUGCAUCACGGUACUCAUGGCUAUGACGAUAUUCCAGGAACUGACGUCAGAAAAAUUACCUGCGUCAUCAGAGGGCUUCAUUUUGAUUGGUGAGAUCUGA